AUGUUGAAACGUGGAGCUCAAGGCCCUCAAGGGUCAAAAGAAGAUGAGGGUGCUUUCGGGAUGGCCAGCACCCCGGAUGACAAGCCCCAUCGGGCGACAGCGGCCCAGUUAGCAAGCAGAAAGAUCAAGGAUGUCCGCAAACGCCGAGCUCCAACUCCCGCAACCGGUGGAGGCGCGUCUGACGCAGCUUCAUUUAACCCUUUCGCAUCCGUGGCCCCGGCCGCGGCACCGGCACCUACCCAGUCAACUGGGUUCACAUUUGGCCAGACUCAGAGCCAGAGCUUCCCUGGGGCAAGCUCGGGGCCCAGCCAGGGUGGAAUGUUCUCGUCGGGCACGAACGGCCAGGCUGGUGGUCAGGUAUCGUUCAGCUUCGGCGCCGGCCCUACCUCAUUUGGAUCUGCGCCGUCGAGCAAUCCUUUUUCUGUAGACACAUCAUUUGGCGGAAAUACCCAGUCAAGUACGAAUGGAUUCAGCUUUGGGGGAUUCAAUGCCGGAAACCAGUCCACUCCGUCGUUCGGUGGAUUCGGAGCACAACAGAAUACGAGCACUCCAGCAAAGCCCGUCCUGUUUGGGCAGUCUGCAGCACAUAUGACUUCGCCUGCUGAUGACAGCAUGCAAACUUCGCCCGAUACCAAGCCCAAGGGAGCUUCCAUGUUUUCGCCGAAGCCAGCCGCAGGUCCGUCGGCACUUGGCAAUCCAUUCUCGAACCUUUCAGGGCAGACAGCGUCCAGCAAUCCAUUCGCACCAAAGAUAACUGCGCCUGAGAAAACAGUUGAAAAACCUGCGGAGACUCAGCCUUUCACACCACUUUUCGGAUCAACGCCCGCCGCUCCGAAGCCUUCGGAUGGAGAGAAGCCACAACCAACAGCCAGCAAUCCAUUUGCGAACCUGUCAGGGCAGGCUUCAACCAGCAGCACUAACCUGUUUGCCCCGAAGACAACGGCAGCGGAGCAAACUCCUGCGAAGCCCACAGAGGUGGCAAAGCCUUUUGGUACUCUUUUCGGGUCGAACCCCAGCUCUCAGCCGUCAGGUCCUGCUAGCAAUAUUUUUGCGCCCAAGCCAGCGGUAGAAGAACCGAAGGCAAGCAAUCCGUUUGCGAACCUGUCGGCGCCGAGUUCAUUUGGUACUUUGUCUUCACCGAAGGUUACUGGGACCGAAAGUUCCGGGAAGGUCGCUGAAGCACAACCGUUCAAGCCCAUGUUCGGUUCCCCUGCGGUAUCGAAAGUUUCGGAGGCUGAAAAGGAGCAGACGCCUGCCCCAGCAUUUGGCAAUAUAUUCUCGCCGAAGCCGGCCGCUGAGAAUGCGGCUGCCAAGCCUGUAGCGGACCAACCGUUCAAGUCCAUGUUUGGUACACCGGCGGUGUCGAAAGCCUCGGAGGCCGAGAAAGAACAGACUGCCUCACCAGCAUUUGGCAAUAUGUUCUCGCCAAAGCCGGUGGCUGAGAGUACGGGUGCAAAGCCAGUCGAGGACAAGUCGUUCAAGCCCAUGUUUGGAGCACCUGUGGCUGGAAAGGAACAAUCCGCGGCAAGUAGUGUUUUUGCACCCAAGGUGACAAGUGAAGAGCAGACUCCUGUAACUGCAAAGACCUCACAAUUCGGGUCAAUGUUCGGGGCGUCUCCUGCGCCGUCGAAGCUUGGAGAAGAAAAGACAGCCCAGGCGGCACCUAGCAAUACGUUUGCGAACCUGUCAGGCCAGACCGCGUUUAGCAAUCCAUUCGCGCAAAAGCCGACAGAGCAGGCUGCAAAGCCCCAGGCACCGAGCACAUCUCUCUUUGGUGCAAGUACAGCAGUUGACAACAAUAAGCCGAAUAAGGACAAUGAGGUCAUUAAUGACAACAACUUCGCUCUGAAUAGCUCAUUGACUAACACAUUCACUGCUGGGCCUAAGGUGUCGAAUGAACUUCAAACGGAAGUCGCGACGAAAACUGCCACGCCUCAUGUGUCGUUCGCGCAGUCUACACGCGACCAUAAAAGCUCGUCUUGUUUACCUGUCUCUUCUUCCUCUUCUUCUCUCCCCUCUUCCUCCUCAACUUCUACUGUUUCCAACACUUUCACUGCUUCAGACCCUGACAGUCUUUUCCCACGACCUGAUCAUCCUGUAUCAAUUGACUAUCCUGUAUCAACUGAAGAUUUUGACAGUAUGCCUCUCAAACGUCUUUUCUGUGAGAAGAAUCGGGACGAGCUUCGGAGCCGAGCCCAGUUGCUCAUGAAGAUUGGCGUCUUGACUGAGUCAUUCAAGCGUGAAGUCGCCAAAUGCGACCCCAUGACUGAUUGUAUUGACGACGUCCUCAUUCUUUAUGCUGAACUUCGCCGCGAGCUUGGUGUUCCCAUUGGGACGAUCAACCCCGAUGAAGAGGCUAAACGCGCCGCCAUAAACAAACGCGAUGCCGCCAAGGAAGCACCAGUUGGUGUCGCACCUCCUGGUGCUGAUGACACGCGCCCAGGACCUCCCAACAAGCCCCUUGGUGGAUCGACCACUUCCUCUAAGUUCGCCCAAUCCUUCUCCGCUCCGGCUCCUGCUCCUGCUCCUGUCGCUCCGCUUGAGCCCUCUCCUCCAGCUGCUGCCCCUGCCUUCGAAAUUCCCAAGUUUGGCAGUGGGGCCACUGGCACCGAUUUUACUGCCCAGUUCAAGUCAAAGUCGGACGAGGCCAUAGCUGAAGCAAAGGCCAAGAGAAAGGCCGAAGAGUUUGACUCCGAUGAGGAGGAUGAGGCGGAGUGGGAGCGCAAAGAUGAGGAACGCCAACGCGAGAAGCGCGCUCAAAUCGAAGCUGCAGCUAAUAAGCGUGCCGUCUUUGUCCCCGGCGUGGGUUUCAAGUUCGCUGAUGAUAACCCUGCCCCUGAUCUCUUCCCUGCUUUUACUACUCCCUCGUCCGCUCCUGAUGGAGCAAACGGUGCUCCCUCUGUGUUGUCUUCCUCAUCCAGUAAGCCGGUCCCAGCCUCGCAGAACAUUUUCGGCGGGCCCAUGCCGACCUCGCCGAAACGAAAGGCGGAUGAAAGUGACAACGACGAUGAUUCCCCCGCCAAGAAGACCAAGUCCUCCCACAGCAUUUUCGGCGGGCCCACGCCCACCUCCCACAACAUUUUCGGAGGGCCCAUGCCGACCUCGCCGAAACGAAAGGCGGAUGAAAGUGACAACGACGACGAUUCCCUCGCCAAGAAGACCAAGUCCUCGCAUAGCAUUUUCGGCGGGCCCAUGCCGCCCUCGCCGAAACGCAAGGCGGAUAAAAGUGACAACGACGAUGAUUCCACAGCAAAGAAGACCACCUCCACUGAAGACGAGGACGUUGAAGCUGGUGAAAUUUUCGAUCUUACAAAGGGCAACGGCGGUGAGGAGGAAGAAACUGUUAUCUUCGAAGACAAAUCCAAGGUUUUCAAACUUGAGAGCGCUUGGUUGCCCAAAGGAACCGGUCCCGUCCGAGUUCUGAAGCAUCCUGUCACUGGACGUGCGCGCGUCGUCGCCCGUGCCGACCCGAGUGGAAAUGUCACCCUGAACACUCUCUUGAAGAAAGAGUUCGACUACAAGCUCACCAGUAACAGUGUUCAGUUUCUGGUGCCCAACGAGACUGGGGGUCUCACACAUUGGGCAGUUCGAGUGAAGAAGGAGAGACUGCAAGAGUUCCACCAGCUAGUCAACGAGAUCAAGAACUAG